CUCGAGCAUCGCGUUGGCAGCACGGCAGGAGACGUUCGGCUGCCCCGCCUCGUCAAGCACGAGAGUUGUGCGUCAGGCGUGGUUCACCGAAUUGACAGGACUCCGCGGGCUGACAGCUGUCUUAGGGUCCAAACCUCGCCGAUUUCACUCGCAAUGCCAGGCUCGGACAAGCAAGGAGGCAGCUCCACAGCAAUGCCAGCGACACCUUCAACGCGGCUUCGGGGUGGUGCAUCUACCUUUGCCCCCGGCGGCAUGGGCAGUUUGAGCUCCCCGAGCAGGUCAUCGCCUGCGACGUCGACCACGAGCACAUCGGAGGAAGAUGAGCCUACCAGCGGCAGCUUCAAGGGGACGUCAGUGUCUCUCAAACAACAGAAAGAGAUGAUGCGACAGAAAAAACGUUCUGCUGUGAAAGUUUUGGUUGCCUUGUUUCCACGGAUACCUAAGGUGACCACGGUGCUGCUGGAGUUCUUCAUCAUGCGCGAGAACAAGGUCUCGCUGAAACGCGACCCGCUGUCGCACUUCUGCCAGGAGCAGUCGGUACUGGCGGCCCAGGACUGCCUGCAGAAGCUGCACAGGCUGUUCAUCACGUACCAGGACAUCCGGGACAUGGUCGAGAACUUGAUGGGUCUGCACACCCUCUGCAUGAGGCGGGCUCCCGUCACGGCGCGCAGCCUCGGCCUGGUCAUCCGCAAGUUGACAAUCAUCGUUGGUGAGCUGGCUAUUUCUCUCGAGAAGAUCUCCGAGGUGCCGGUCACCGACUGGAUGGCUGUCGGGGACUCCGUUGUCACGCGCACCGACAGGAUGAUGAUUGAAGAACAGCCCCCGUUCACUGAAUUCAUCCCGAGGACGCGAGAUCUCGAAGCUGUAAAGCUUCUCGGGGCAGGCGGCUUUGGCGCCGUAUACAAGGCCAGAUACAAGCCGGCCAACCUUAUCUGCACGGUGAAGGUGAUCGCCUCAGGCCGAUUUAAGCAGCCGAAGCAGGCGUGCAUCGACAAGGUGGUCGCUUCCGUCGUGCGGAGCCCUUUCCUCGUCAAGUAUUACGCAUGCUUCGCCACGAAGGAGGCGUAUGUGACAAUGAUGGAGUACGUGCGUGGGGUGGACCUCAUGCGCGUGAUGGAGCGUGCCAUGUUCUUGCCCCUCGACCAGGUGCGCAUCAUCAUGGCCCAGCUCAUACUGGCCGUAGAGCACAUGCACCUCAAGGGCUUCUUGCACCGUGACAUUAAGGUGUCCAACAUGCUCAUUAUUCCCGGAGGAAGAGUCAAGCUCAUAGACUUUGACACCAAUAAAAUUUGCCUGGCGCACUUCACGAAACGCGUCAUGCGAGGUUACUUCCAGCGAACCGCGUCCGAAUUCAGGGACGGAGAAUCUGCCGGGACUAUUCCCUAUAUGGCCCCGGAAAUUCUCAAGCAAAGGCCGUACGGCCGUGCCUGCGACUGGUGGUCCACGGGCGUGGUGUUCUACAAACUGAUGACCGGUCGCGUGCCGUUCCGAGGCCCAACCAAGAAGCUGCUUCGCGACCGCAUCAUCGCCUCGCCGCUCAAGUGGCCGAAGUUCGGCGAACACCCCCAUUCGGCCAACAGCACCGCCAAAGACAUGGUGUACCUGCUCCUCAAGAAGAACCCUGUCGAAAGACUCGGCUCCAGGCAGUACCGACGCAUCAAGUCGCACUUCUUCUUCGAUGACUUCGAUUGGAACCGGCUGCGUUCGAGCAACGACCUCUGCGACGUCCCGACCAUCUACGAGCUCAUGCACACGUCACCGGCCUCGGAUGCGCCUACCGCAGUGGCUGAACACAGCACGCUGAACCUGUCCGCCGCAGCGAAGACUUCGGCUCAGGAGCGCAAGCUAAUCAAGAUCGAGGAGCUCACCGACUUGGACAGCUCGCAGCAGAAACCACUCUUCUCGUACGCUUCCUCGGGCUUCAAGCGACUCGCCUCCAUGACGAGGGACAGUGAAAAUCCGGUAACCUUGAACGAAUCUUUCAUGGACCAAUCCAACGUGUCGUCGUCCGAAAUCGACUACCACAAGACGACAGAGGCGGAAUCCAUGUACGGUUUCACCGGAUUUUCCAAAACGGACACGUCGGCCCGAAGCAAGCGAGUGAGCGAAAAGUUGAACUUGAUAUUAUUCCGCAAGAAAAGCUUCGGAAGAUUCUGGAGCUUCGGCGUCAACUUGGAAGUCGCGACAGGCGAAGGAGGCAGGAACUUCUUCAUUGUUGAGGUGGGCCUUAAAGAGCGUGAAGCAAGGCAGCCCUGCUCAGCGGUCCCAGAUUCUGGUCGGCGACGUGGUGGUCGCCGUCAACGGCACCAAGGUUGCCGGACUGCCCCUCAGAAUUGUACGAAAUAUGAUGAACUCCUCCGGAGACCAACUUGUCGUCACAGUGCUCUCGUCCAGUCCGUACAGAAUUAUAAACACCGGGCAGGACAUGAGCAGCAUCCUUCAGUCUUGCGGCCGACAGACGCUCACCCUGUCUCUAUUGCGAGCCGGAUGCCGCAAGGGUGCGUGGUACGGUUUCAAAACGUUCGAGGCGAAAAUGUGGGACCAGCAGCAAAACGCUUACACCCAUCUGCAUAUUGUGCAGCGCGCCAAGGACGUGCGUGUGCAGACCCUGGGCCGGAACCUGUUUCCCGGGGACGUGCUGACCCACGUGGACUCCACGCCGGUGGACAACAUGAGCCACUCGGUUCUGCUCCAGCACCUGGCCAAGGCGCGCUCCGAGAUCCACGUCACCGUCGCGCCCAUCUCACCACUGCGACUCAAGCUGCCCGCACCCUCGCGCCUGCGCGAGACAGCCAUGUCCGACGACAGCAUCGGCGAACCCAGCAGCGUGGCCGCCGACGUCAACGACUGACGCUGGUCUCGGAGGACAAGCGAGAGAGAGCUUUCUCGGACGACGAGCGUUACGCGCCCUGGCCCUCCAGUUUCGUAUUUUUUUGGUCUCUUAAAAAAAAGAGAGACCCAGCGUACUACUCAGCCUGUACAGUUGAAAGUUCGCACCGAAUCUUGCCCCUCCCCCUUCCCCCACCGUUCGCUGCCUUCGAGCUUUUCUUACAAGGGGGUGUUUUGUUGACUCGUUCCUAUACGUGACCUGAUCUGAUUUAUAAAUGACGUAUCAAAAUAUAUUUCUAGCCAUGCAAUACUGUGUGCUGGUGAACGUUGCGUACACCGCGGCAUUGUGUGCGUUGAUGACCUGCGUGUUAUACGAAAAGACCUUCAGUGGUUGCCGUCGUCGUGCGAAAGCUGGAGCACGAAGUGAAAUUUGGUCAAGUGCAAUGCCGUCUGUUUCGCUAUGAAGAGGGUACCGCUUGUGACUAGUAUUUAGGCAAUAAAGAGAUGAAUGAGGUAACUGUAUUGUUAUGUUGUACUUUUGAUGAGUUAAACAUAUAGGUGUUAAAAUCAAAUAUUUCUUGGAAUAAUAAUGUGGAGUGCGUUGUGACUUAGGCUAGGUGUAGGCUGAAUUUUCCGAAGCCUAAUUUCGAACGUUGCGUAAUAUUCUCACAUGAGAUAUCUCUGGCAAUCUUUCAGCUUUGCCUCGAGCUUUGCGAACGUUUGGCGUCUCAAAUGUUUAGU